GCCGCCCCCCUCUCUACCUGGGACUUUCUUCCGGCCAGAGCUCCACAAAGAUCUCGCUGUCUUCCAACUUCCAAUCGCCUUCCCCACCUUCUUCCCCGCCCCACCUGGCCCUGGCGUGGACCCUGGGUGUCUCCUCCCCUUCCCACUUCCAGCUCCUUCUACGGAGUUUGAUUUGAACUUUCGAACCCGCCAAUCAUCGGCCUCGCUGCGGCCCGGGGCGGGGUCCGGUGUCCGCCCUCCCGACGCGUGGCCGGGCCAGGGUAUAUAAGCCCUGUCCUGGAGGCGGACCUUACACAGCUUCUCCCCCGGACUCCUUGGUAGUCUGUUAGUGGGAGAUCUUCGUCACCCUUUUUCACUUCCUCAGUUUUCGCGGACCACUUCAAGGACUAAAUAUGCGUGAGUGCAUCUCCAUCCACGUUGGCCAGGCUGGUGUCCAGAUCGGCAAUGCCUGCUGGGAGCUCUACUGCCUGGAACAUGGCAUCCAGCCUGAUGGCCAGAUGCCAAGUGACAAGACCACUGGGGGAGGAGAUGACUCCUUCAACACCUUCUUCAGUGAGACAGGAGCUGGCAAGCAUGUUUCCACUGCUGUGGUUGAGCCCUACAAUUCCAUCCUCACCACCCACACCACCCUGGAGCACUCUGAUUGUGCCUUCAUGGUAGACAAUGAGGCCAUCUAUGACAUCUGUCGUAGAAACCUCGACAUUGAGCGCCCCACCUACACCAACCUUAACCGCCUUAUUAGCCAGAUUGUGUCUUCCAUCACUGCUUCCCUCAGAUUUGAUGGGGCCCUGAAUGUUGAUCUGACAGAAUUCCAGACCAACCUGGUACCCUACCCUCGCAUCCACUUCCCUCUGGCCACUUAUGCCCCUGUCAUCUCUGCUGAGAAAGCCUACCAUGAGCAGCUUACAGUAGCAGAGAUCACCAAUGCCUGCUUUGAGCCAGCCAACCAGAUGGUGAAAUGUGACCCUCGCCAUGGUAAAUACAUGGCUUGCUGCCUGCUGUACCGUGGUGAUGUGGUUCCCAAAGAUGUCAAUGCUGCCAUUGCCACCAUCAAGACCAAGCGUACCAUCCAGUUUGUGGACUGGUGCCCCACUGGCUUCAAGGUUGGCAUUAACUACCAGCCUCCCACUGUGGUACCUGGUGGUGACCUGGCCAAGGUGCAGAGAGCUGUGUGCAUGCUGAGCAACACCACAGCCAUUGCUGAGGCCUGGGCUCGCCUAGAUCACAAGUUUGAUCUGAUGUAUGCCAAGCGUGCCUUUGUGCACUGGUAUGUGGGUGAGGGCAUGGAGGAGGGUGAGUUCUCUGAGGCCCGUGAGGACAUGGCUGCCCUAGAGAAGGAUUAUGAGGAGGUUGGAGCGGAUAGUGCUGAAGGAGACGAUGAGGGUGAGGAAUAUUAAUUAAUUCAUGUGCUGCCAGUCUAUACUUCUGUGGUCUCAUCUUUGUCUUUGCGUGUGCUCUAACUGUCCUAAACUGUCAAUAAAGGUGUUUCCGUUGUAAGUUGCAAA